AUGAUACUUCAAUGUGCUCAAGGUGUAAUUAUAUCACUCUUGAUAGCAGCGAUAUCGUUUCUGCAAAUAGUGCAAGCGAACCCUUCUGCAGAUGUACCACCAUCUCACUUAUCUCCAGCUCACUUGAGGCUACUCAAAUAUGAGACGAAAGAAUUAUUCCUUCAUGCUUGGGACUCUUAUAUGAACUAUGGCUUCCCUGCAGAUGAGGUCACUCCAAUAUCGUGUCAACCGUAUGGACCAGACUUUUUCGACCUAGAUGACACCGUUAGAAACGAUGCUAUGGGAAAUACAUCUCUGACCAUUCUUGAUAACUUAGACAGCUUAAUAAUUUUGGAAGAAUGGGAUAGACUCUCGGUUGUUCUUGACUAUUUGGAGGGAACCCCGGACUUGUUCAAUCAGAACACAAUUAUUCAAGUAUUUGAAUCAACUAUUAGAUCACUUGGAGGUUUGAUGAGCUCACAUUUGCUAUUGGAAACAUUGAGAGAUGAUCCGCAGAGUCGAGCCCUGGAAGUUGAAUGCAUUAAAAAGUAUGAUGGGUUUUUAUUAGAAUUGGCUCUUGAUCUUGGGUAUAGGUUGAUCCCUGCCUUCAAGACCACUACACAGAUGCCAGUUCCCCGAAUAAAUUUGAGCAAAGGGGUGAAGGGAGUUCCAGCAAGACUCCAAAAGGAAACCUGUACUGCUGGGGCAGCUUCGCCAGCUUUGGAGUUUACUCUAUUAUCAAAAUUGAGUGGAGAUCUAAUAUUUGAAAAUUACACUCAGCAAACGUUUUGGAAACUCUGGAGCUCCAAGCUGCCUCUUAAUUUGUUACCAAUGACGUUGGAUCCACUUUCUUCACUUUGGAAGGAUUCCACUACUGGAAUUGGGGCAUCAGUGGAUUCCUUCUAUGAAUAUGCUGCAAAAAUGUCGAUUUUAUUCGAUGACAAGGACAUGUGGAACGUGUUCAAAACUUCUUAUAAGGCAUUAUUGACCCAUCUGCUAUACGAGCCGUUGGGUACUGUCAACAGCGGUGGUGCCAUCUUCAGUAAUAUUGAUGUGAACAGUGGUAGGUUGGCAAGUGUGUGGCUUGACCUGUUAGGAGCAUUUUGGUCUGGAUUACAAGUAUUGACAGGGCAAGUAAGAGAUGCAGUCCGUACUCAUAUGAUAUAUUUGAAAAUAUGGAACACUUACGAUCUGAUACCAGAGAGAUUAGAUUUUGUAAAUAGACAUUCUGAGACUGGAAGACCUAUUCAACUUGAAUGGUAUCCUUUGAGACCAGAAUUUAUUGAAUCCACCUACUAUCUUUACAGAGCUACAAGGGACCCCAUGUAUUUACAGAUUGGGGAAAGAGUACUUGAACUCUUGCAAACAAAAUUCAAGCAAAGGUGUGGGUUUAGUGGGUUUCAAAAUGUACUUACUGGAGAGUUGCAGGAUAGAAUGGAAACCUUUGUAAUGAGUGAAACAUUGAAGUACUUGUAUUUAUUAUUUGAUGCGGAAGAUAAAGUCUUACUCCACACCAAUUUAAUGGAUAAUAAAAAUUGGGUGUUCUCUACUGAAGCUCAUCCAUUGUGGUACGACAAACGGAAGACAGUCCCUACGAUAAAAAAGAAAUUGGAAGACAGACGCAUAAACAACGAGAAUAGUAUAAGAUCUUCAUUGUUGGAUAGGAUUACAGCUAAAUUCAACAUGUAUGGGUCACUUUCAGAUAACAUAACCAUUGCGCAGAAGGCACCUCACCUUUAUCCUAAUUAUUAUACAACAGGUGAUCAAGAAAAUGUCGUUAAGGUCGACCCUUAUGAAGAAAGAUUUAAUCAGUGUGAGGUUAGUCCUUUCUCCACUGGACCUUUUACAUCUCUGGGCUACUAUACAUUGAAAAACUUGUUCAGCAGCAAUGCAAUAUAUGGGAAUGUAUUAAAAAGACCAAAGCAUUUAGGUCCACAUAAGGACAUUGAGCUAAAUGAAAACUUCUACAACCGAUUCUCCCUUGUGCAGAAUCCAUUGGAAUGUGAAAGGCUUCCAACCACAGAGUUGUCUGAUGUAGUACUUGGAAAUAUAAAUUUCAUGAGUUCCAUACAAAUUUCAAAGUUACCAUUGAUGAAACCUAAGGGUGAAAAACAUGAGUACGACCUUUGGAUCCCAAAAAUGGCAUUUAGUAGAUUAAAACUCGAGAAACUAGAAGUUGAUAAGAUCGAUACCAUGAACAAUAGAAUAACGAAAGAAUAUAUUGAGUCAUUUUUUAUAGAGAAGUCGGAUCCAUUAUUCACAAUCGAGAAUGGGACAACCAUAGUUUCAGACGUUAAAGUAGAUUCAACCAGCGUACUAAGAGUGCUACAAGUAAAUGGUGUCGAUGUGGAUCCGCGAGGCUUGAUAUGGACACUGCCAUACCUUGGAGAGACCUUGAAAUACACUUCGCGUAAUAGAGUGGUCCUUGAAGGAAUGGUUGUAGAGAAUAUUUUAUCAUGGUGGUGA